UGCGCUGAUAUAUGACCUUUCACCCCCGCGUGGAUUGUGUGGUUGUCUAGUCUAGAGACAAUGGCUCUACCGUCCAACUACUCGUGCGUGUGUGCGGCAGCGCUGUCUCUGCUGACGUUUGCCGCGAUGCAAGUUUUCCGCGAGCCUCUGGCGGCGGAAAGGAGCACCACAAUUCUCGGAGGGUUCAUCGGCUCCAUCUUCUUCAUCUUCUUCCUCACCGCAGUUGGAAAUGGGUUCACUAUGUUGUUUGGCAGGACGUACCAGGUCAAGAUUGUCCCUGAAGUGGCAGUUUGUCUGGUUGUGUCUGUGUUUGUGUCAGGUCUUGUCCACAGAGUUUCUGCCUCCACCUGCCUCAUUUUCUCACUGCUGGCACUCUACUUCAUGAAUCGAAUAUCGCAAGCCACCUAUUCAUCCUCCUCUGCCUAUUCCCAGACCUCCUCUGCUCAUAAAUCCCCCCAGGGGGUCGCCACCCCUAAAUCUCCCCGUGGAAAACGAAGUGGAAAAGGGAGCAGUUGAACUCUAGGCAACAAUUGUGGAUACUUUUUGAUGUCAAAUCUCCUAAUCAUGACAUUUCUCAAGCUAUUUACUGAAACACAAAAAUGCAAACAGAUUAUAACAAAAAUAUGAAAACAACAUUAAAUCAAGAAUAAUGAUGUGGAGUGCGAAAAUGCAUGGCUUAUGUCAUUGAAGUGGUGUGAGGUAUGCUUACUCCGACCUGUCUGAACCCUGUGGGUCCCCCAAUCUGCUCCCCACUCCGUCUCUCUUUCACCCUCCUCUGGCCCCGCCCACCUCGUACAUCAACCUGUCCCAGGACGUCGAGUGGGACGGGAGACGAGGGGAGAACCCCAUUGUAACCAAGGUAAUUAUCCACAUAGUUGAGGUUCAUCUCGUCCAUGAGUCGAGCUCCGUGUCGUCGAUGGUAACGAUGUUCGGAGGUACGACUAGAAGCCUGACUGCCGAGUGUGUCGCUAUCUUGAUCAUCGUAAUAGUGUGCCACCUUUCUCUUUAGAACAGGGUCUUCUCUACAGCACAGGGCGCUGCGGAUGCGAGUGUUGGCACAGCCGUUUGCCAAUAGGAAGUAGAGUCCAGUCAGGACAGCGAGAACUCCGACCACGAUCAAUAGUUUGUCAGUGUCUAGUUGGUAGCGCCCCGUGAUAUGCACGGAGUCAGCUGUGAGGUAGACGGAGACUAGAGUGAAGGAGUACAGGAGAGCAGUGGUUUGGUUGGAGGCGAUACGGAGGUAGACUGGCAGGUCUAGGUCGUAGUCACUGCAGCAGAGGACGACGAGAGAGAGGAGGGAGAGGAAGAGCGUGACGACCACUGCUAGACCGGAUAUGAACGUGAAGUAGUUUGGGAAAACAUCGCCCUCCAGCCAACAUCUGUGGGGGAAAGAUGAAUCAUGGGACGCCAAUGUUCAUAUCCAAUGACACUAGGACACCACUUUAACCCAGGACACUCUGUUCUUGCUUUUGAGCUACCAGGGAAGCUAAGCAGGUGAGUGUUGUUCUGGAUGUGAAAUGUGUAUGUGAAGAGUUGUCUAACAUGUCGGGAGACUCAGGGAAUCCUCCAUAUCUUGAUCCAGCCACUCCACCAACAAUAACCGCU